AUGUCAUCCCACGCUUCCAAGAUUACCCACGGCUCUGGCCAGUCGAGCGUCGGCAACCGCUCUCUCUACGAGGCCGGUGACCAGCGUAACGAGCCCCAGUCUGUGAUCAACGAGCGCGAGCGCUAUAACGAAGGUGUCAAGGGUAGCCACAAGAACCUUGAUUCCAAGGACGAGCGCUCCAUCGCCAAUAAGCUUGCCUCCCAGUCUAGCAAGCUCGAAUCUUCGCACCACCGCAACAUCUCAAACCCGGAGGCUGAGUUGAGCAAGCAGGAUCCUACCAAGCCGGCCAAGAUGCACGGCAACGCUCCCUCCAAGGGUGCUCAGAUUGAUGCCGAGCUGCAGGCCGAAGAUGAGCAGCGUCUGCGUGACAAGGGCAUUAAGAAAUAA